AGGCAGAGCUCAGACCUUUAACGCUCCAGAGAAUGCUGCCAAUCUACACUUCCAAGAAAGCUAUUAACUAACAGGUUUACCGCUAUCUGGAUGUCCUUGUACCCUGGGUGCAGAAACAAAGAUGAAGAUUGGAAGAGAACACAGGCAAAGGCAAGUUCUGUUAAUCUUUCUUUUCCUGGGAGUGGCUGGGGCGGGCUGGAAACCCCGCCGUUACUUUGUGAUGGAGGAAACACCCAGCGGCACUGUUUUGGCAGAUCUAGUCCAGGACCUAGGGCUGGGAGUUGCGGAGCUAGCUGCUCGAGGAGCCCAAGUAGUGUGUGAGGAAAAUGAAUCACGCUUGCAGCUUGAUCUACAGACUGGGAAGCUAAUCUUAAAUGAAAAACUGGACCGGGAGGAGCUGUGCGGCCCCACUGAGCCCUGUGUCAUUCAUUUCCAAGUGUUACUGAAAAAACCACUGGAAAUAUUUCAAGCUGAGCUACAAGUAGGAGACAUCAAUGAUCAUUCUCCCGAGUUUCCUGAAAGAGAAAUGACCGUGAAAAUCAUAGAGACUAGCCCUGUUGACACUGCAUUUCUACUCAAAACCGCUCAGGAUUUGGAUGUGGGAAAUAACAGCAUUCAGAACUAUAAAAUUGGUACCAAUUCUCAUUUCCAUGUUUCCAUCCGCAACCGAGGUGAUGGGAGAAAAUACCCAGAGCUCGUGCUGGACAAAGAGCUUGAUCGCGAGGAGCAGGCAGAGUUCAGAUUAACUCUGACCGCGCUGGAUGGCGGUUCUCCACCCAGGACUGGCACCUCGCAAAUCCGGAUUAUUGUCUUGGAUGUCAAUGACAAUGCCCCUGAGUUUGCACAGGCUUUCUACCGUGUGCAAAUCCUAGAGAACAGCCCCUUGGGUUCCCUGGUUGCUAAGGUCUCUGCUAAGGAUUCAGACAUUGGGACAAAUGGAGAGGUAUCAUACUCUCUUUUUCAUAGCUCUCAGAAGAUGAGCAAAACUUUUGAGCUAAAUGCUCUAUCAGGAGAAGUUCGACUAAUUAAAACACUGGACUUUGAGACAACAUCUUCAUAUGAAGUAGACAUAGAGGCAUCCGAUGGCGGGGGUCUUUCUGGAAAAUGUUCUGUUUCUAUUCAGGUGGUGGAUGUCAAUGAUAAUUACCCAGAACUAAUUAUGUCAUCCCUCACCAACCCCAUCCCAGAAAAUUCACCAGAGACAGAGGUGGCACUGUUUCGGGUUCGAGACCGAGACUCUGGAGAAAAUGGAAAGACAAUUUGUUCCAUCCAGGAAGGUGUUCCCUUUACAUUGGAACCUUCUGUUGAGAACUUCUUUAGACUGAUGACAGACGGAGCUUUGGACAGAGAGAGCAGAGCUGAGUAUAACAUCACCAUCUUCGUCUCAGACCUGGGCACACCCAGGCUCACAACCCAGCACACCAUAACAGUGCAGGUGUCUGACAUCAACGACAACGCCCCCGCCUUCACCCAAACCUCCUACACCAUGUUUGUCCACGAGAACAACAGCCCCGCCCUGCACAUAGGCACCAUCAGCGCCACAGACUCAGACUCAGGAUCCAAUGCCCACAUCACCUACUCGCUGCUGCCGCCCCAUGACCCGCAGCUGGCCCUCACCUCACUUAUCUCCAUUAACACUGACAAUGGCCAGCUAUUCGCGCUCAGGGCAAUGGACUAUGAGGCCCUGCAGGCCUUCGAGUUCCACGUGGGUGCCACGGACCGAGGCUCACCUGCACUCAGCAGCCAGGCUCUGGUGCGGGUGGUGGUGCUGGACAACAAUGACAAUGCGCCCUUCGUGCUCUACCCACUGCAGAACGCCUCUGUGCCCUUUACUGAGCUACUGCCCAGGGCGGCAGAGCCUGGCUACCUGAUCACCAAGGUGGUAGCAGUGGACUCUGACUCUGGCCAGAAUGCCUGGCUGUCGUUCCAGCUGCUUAAGGCCACGGAGCCCGGACUGUUCAGCGUGUGGGCGCAUAAUGGCGAAGUGCGCACCACCAGGCUGCUGAACGAGCGCGAUGUGCACAAGCACAAACUGCUGCUAAUGGUCAAGGACAAUGGAGAGCCUCCGCGCUCUGCCAGCGUCAUGCUUCAAGUGCUUCUGGUGGAUGGCUUCUCCCAGCCCUACCUACCUCUGCCAGAGGUGGUGCGCGACCCCAGUGACCAAGAUGAGGACGUGCUCACUCUGUACCUGGUUAUUGCCUUGGCUUCUGUGUCUUCUCUCUUCCUUUUGUCUGUGCUGCUGUUUGUCGGGGUGAGGCUGUGCAGGAGGGCCAGGGAGGCCACUCCGGGUGUCUGCUCUAUGGCUGAGGGACACUUUCCUGGUCACCUAGUGGAUGUCAGUGGUGUGGGGACCCUGUCCCAGAGCUACCAGUAUGAGGUGUGUCUUACAGGAGAUUCUCAGAGUAAUGAGUUCAAAUUCUUGAAGCCUGUGUUUUCUAGUAUUGUAGACCAAAACUCUGGUAGGGAACUAGGAGAUAAUUCAUCCUCCCCAAGCAUUUUAGGCAUGUGAAACAACACAUUUCAUUCUUUGUAUACUUCUGUUGCUUUUGCAUUCUCGUUUUCUUUUCGAAUCUGGUAGUAAUGUUCACUUCUUUUGUUUUUCAUUUUCUCUACUAGUUUAUAUAGUAUUUUUGUUUGUUUAUUGGCUUUAUUACGUAUUUUUCCAAAUUUGUUGUUACUGAACAUUUUACAUCAGGACACUUCAUGUUCCUGAUUGAAUUUGCAGUAGUCUCUCCUAAAGAAUGUGUAUUUUCUGUAAUGAAUAAAAUUCUAAUUAUAAAAGUAUAUGUCCUGGCCUAUGGGGAAUGGAUUGGUUUAUAGAGAGCUUGUGUACUUUGUUGGAGACCUUAGGUUAGGUCUCUCUGUAAAUCCAGCCCCAGAGGUGGAGACACACUAUCGGGAAUUUAAGGUCAUCAUCUUCUACAUAGAGAAUGCAAGCUCAGCCUGGGCUAUGUGAUGAUCAAGGGAGAUUAGGUCUCAAAAUUAAAAAUAUAUUCCUGGUGUGCGUGAUGCCAUAGAAGGACAUAUGAUUUCUUUUAAAUAAUACUUCAUUUUAAAACUGGAAGUCCUUAGUUUUAUUGUUUGCCUGGGCAUGACUUCGGUAGCCUCAUUUUGUUCUCUCUGGAAGCAGUUCAUAGUCAUUAAUGCCGUUUCUUCCAGAUUCCCUUAUUAUAUUUUCUACUCUCCAACACUGUACAUAUCGUCUCAUGAAACCGGACCCGCAUCAUCCAUUCUUUGUCUCCAAAGUUAACACUGAAAAGGCUAAAAGUCUCUUCAUUCUCUUUAGCUGAUUGUCACACUUGGCAUGUUACUGAUAUCAUAAACUCAAUAAGCUCCAGGAAGAGUGAUGCAUGUGUGUGUGCGUGUGUGUGUGUGUGUGUGUGUGUGUGUGUGCACGCGCUACUAUCACUUAUUAUAGUGAGGAAAUCCUGAUGUAAAUCCCAAAAUUCCUGGUAAUUUCUGGUGGUACAGCAUGCCAAUAUUUACAUGCUUUGGAUGAUGAUAUUGCUCUAAUUGACAAGGAAUUUGGAAGAAAAUGUAUUAUAUAGAAUUUGCAUUUGUUAACUAAACAAAUUUAGUAAAGAUUUGUUGAUGUAGUAUUAAAUGAUUUGGAGAAAUUUUCAGGGGGAAAACUGAUUCCCCAAAUAUGUUCAGUCCUGAUCCCUAGAAUCUGUGAAUAUUACUUUAUAUUGUAGAGAUAAAACAUGAACAAAAUUAAGGUUGUUCAUAAGCUAAACUUAAAACAGGAUGUACAGUCUAGAUCAUUUAAGUGGGUCUGAGAGAACCAGUGAAAGGCUUUAAAAGCAAAGUUGAAUCUACCUAGAGAUGAAGAAUAGCCAGCCAUAGUGGCACAUGUCUUUAGUCCUUGGGAGGCAGAGACAAGCAGAUCUCUGUGAGUUCAAGGCCAGCUGGUCUACAUGGUGAGUUCCAGGACAGCUAGGACCCUGUCUUGAAAAACCAUGUGAGAGAGGUGUGGGAAGAGAAAGAAAUUCCCUAAGGACUUUAGGUGCAUCUUGUGAUUCAGUGUUUUAACCUGCCACAUUCUGAAUAUCAUGUGGAUUUUGAACUUUCUAGUGAACUCCCAGAGUAGAAUAAGUCACUUCCUUGUGGUAUGUUUUCUGAUCGUUCUCCUUCUCCAGGUGAAGCCUGAGGAUGCAGCUGAUAAAAAGACUUAAAAAUAUGGAAGUGGAGCCAGGCAGUGGCGGUGUCCUCCUUUAAUCCCAGCACUCACAAGGCAGAGGCAGGCAGAUCUUUAAGUUUGAGGCCAGUCUGGUCUACAGAGUAAGUUCCAGUACAGCCAGGGCUACAGAGAUAAACUCUGUUUUGGAGAAAGGUAUGGACCUGGGUUUUUAACUGGGUGGUGGUCAGGCACAGAAGAAAUUGCAGACACAGAAAAUGUUCAGGUUGCUUUGGUAGACUUGGUAGAAAUAUGGUAUUAACAAGUCUGCCAGUAAAGACACGAGAGGAAGUGAGGCAUGUAGUAUUUAUAAAAUACAUUGGCUUAUAGAACUUAUAAUUUAAAGCAACAAUGGCAAGAAAUCUGGAUGUUAGAGUUACUUCUAGUUGGAGCCCAGGCAAGGAAAACAUUAUUAAAAACUGGAGGAAAUUAACACUUUUAUUUUUAUGCAAUUGCAGAAAACUUAGCUGAAUCAUGACUUACAUUAUAUGAGGGAAAGAACACAUUCACUUGGUCCUUUGGCAGUGGAAAUUUCCAGGAAAACUGCCAGAACUUGAUUUCUUUUCACUGGUUAUAGUAAAGUAUCAGAUGAAAAAUAAAAACAAAAUAUAUCCAGGACCUGAUGACUGGAGGGAAACUCUCAUUCUAAUUACAUUAUAACAUAUGUUAAAAUCAGGAAAAAUCACUGGCAAGGAUGCAUGCAUGGGAGAGAAGUCAACUGGGAAACAUUUCACUAGUGCCUGGGAAAUCUGAAAGUUAAUAAUAGAAAUGAGAGUUACAGAGUUAAUAAUACAGAAGCCCCAUUGAAGGGCCAAACACAUUUAAUUGGAUAUUCUAUUUAUUUACUUUUCAACUGUUAUCCCCUUUCCUGGUUUCCCCUCUGGAAACCCCUAUCUCAUCCCCUCCCUCUGUUUCUAUGAGGGUACUCCUCCACCCACCCACCCACCCACUCCAGCCUCCCUGCCCUGGUGUUCACCUACACAGGGGUAUUGAGCCUUCGUAGUACCAAGGCUUCUCCUCCCAUUAAUGUCAAACAAUGCCAUCCUCUACUACAUAUGCGGCUGGAGCCAUGAGUCAUUCCAAGUGUACUCUUUGGUUGGUGAUUUAGUCCCUGGGAGUUCUGGGGGGUCUGGUUGAUUGAUAUUGUUGUUCUUCAAGCACAUUUUUAAUGAAUUUUUCCUCAUCUUUAGAUAUAAUGUGAUGCUAAUUACUGUAAUCGUAUAACACACUCUCUGACUGACAGAACUUUCAGAAGUUGAUCCCAUCUUCCCAUUUUCCAUUGUGCCUGCUAAUGGGUUAGAAAAUAGCAAGUAUUAUUUUUUCCAGGAUACUGUCAUUAGCAACCAAUCAGUAGGAGUAGUUCUUGUCCUUUGGAAGCAAUGACAAAAAAACUUAAAUAAUGUUGAUUUGAAUAGAAAACGAGAAAAGGAAAUGUAUUACUGGUAUAUUUAGAUUUGGACUUUCUCUUCAUUUGUCUAAACAUUAUACUUGGAUCAAUUCUAUCAGCCUUCUCAUAUGUUGAAAUGUUUUUGAAGCAGGCCCAGAGAUUCGAACACGUUAGGUCAGUUCAUUCAAGUUCCCAUUGUCUCAUUAAGUUAGCUGGCCAUCGCUUCUCCCUCUUCUAUUUUAUAAAGGUUUGUAUAAGGUAUUUGUGAUUGUUUGAGUGAAAAUUGUUUCCUAUAAGCUAAUAAUUCGAGUACUUGGUCCCCAGUUGCUGGAUCUGUUUAAGGAGGCAGUACGGGUCUGCUGGAGAAAGCCCCUCACUGCGGGUGAGCUUCGAGAGUUCACAGCAUCACUCCACAACCAGGUUCUUCUCUUCCCUAGUGUUUGUGGCUCAAUAUGUGACCUGCUGCCUGCUGCUGUACCUCACAACCAUUGUAUAUUCUCCUUCUGGAAACGUAAGCAAAAAUAAACACUUUCUUCCUUCA